AUGUGUUUUUCCCUGCAUUCUUUAUUUCAGGAACUUACCAUUGGUACAUUUUUCAGCGAAUCACUGAACAACUUGAAGCUUCUAAUGGUGGAACCAUUGACAGUUGCUGCCGGGAUAGGAUGGGGCAUGAAAGCUGCAGGGUGGGUUGCCUCGCCCAUCAUCUCUGAGCUUUUCAAGAAAGCUUCCCCCUACCUAGGCUUUGACGCAUCGAAGAAGCUGAAGGAACUUGAGACAAAGAUUUUACUGCUGGAGCAGGUGAUGGAAAUGGUGGAUGAGAGUCGUCACAGGGGUCGUCUCCAGCAGCUGUUCGAGGAUCUUAAGUCUGCUUUUUAUGAAGCUGAAGAAAUAUUGGAUGAUGUUGAAUAUCACCGUCUUAAGAAGCAGAUCAAAGAUAAUAAGAUGAAGCCAGACAGCGACGUGUCUCUACGUAAGAGGGAUUGGGUGAAGAAGAAGCUCCAAUCUGCCGUGCCGAGCUUCCCCCUAAAAGAUCAGAAGAGUGGUAUGGCAAAAACUAAGUUGAAGCAGAGCCUAGACAAAAUAGAAAAGGUCAUAAAUGAUACAUGCGGAAUUUUGGAAAAGAUGAACUUGCCAAGCAUAAUAAACGCUAACCGGAGCCAUGCUGUUGCUGCUAGCUCACGAGGUGCAGUCACUACUGCGACGCCUCCAUUAGUGGUAAUUGGACGAGGUGAAGAUUGUGAUAAGAUUGCUGCAAUGCUUCAUGAGACGGAACAAGAUGGUCUUCCUGGCACCAAUAGUACUCUGCGUUAUUCUGUAAUUGGCAUUCAUGGCAUCGGUGGUUCUGGGAAGUCAACCCUUGCACAACUUGUUUGUGACCGUGAGAAAAAGGAUAAGCAAGAGAAAAAGGAUGGUCAUUUUGACCUUGUUAUGUGGGUUCAUGUUACUCAGAGUUUUAGUGUGGAUACCAUUUUCAAGAUGAUGUUUAACGCAGCUAGAGGGACUCCGUGCCCUCAUUUCGAUAAUCCUGACAUCUUAGAAGUUAAUUUGAAGAAUGAACUGCAAGGAAAACGGUUCCUCUUGGUACUAGAUGAUGUUUGGUACAGUAAUGGAGAUGAUGUGCAGUAUGAGAAGCUGCAAAAGAUACUUACACCACUGAACGCUGGAGAGGCAGGAAGCAAGAUCCUCUUGACUAGUCGAACUGAAGAUGCAUUGAUAGCUCUAGGUGCUGAAGAGCAGUGA